GAAUUGCUGCUUACCCAGUUGUGUGCAUUUGUGUCGAUCUACGAUUGUGGGGAAAGAUUGAUGUCAAAUGCAUGCUUCAUCUUUGAAAUAUUGGAAGAAUGAUGGAUGCUCCAAAUCCAUCACAGUCUGCAGCAGAGGGUAGUGAAACCAUCAGAAAGUCAUCAAGACUCAGUGUCAAGCCAAGAAGAAAUGCUCGUCAGCUAUGUAACCCAGUGAUCCGAUACAAGAAGGCUGACCUAUUGAGCAAACCUGGAGGUCGGUCACGAUCUGUAAUGGCGUCCAAGUUAUCGAAAGCAGGUGAAGCAAAGAAAGGUGUGAAGAAGCCAGCACCGCCCCACGUUCGGCAAGCUCAGACGAGAACAGUGUUGAAUUCGGAAGGCGAAGUAGUGAAGCAGAUCGUUGUUUAUCUCUGCAAAGUCGAGGGGUGUAAUUAUUUCUCCAGGUCAGAGGAAUUUGUGAAAAGCCACGAGAAGAAGCUGCACCCUCAAAAAAGACGUUGCAAGGUGUGCCAGAUAUAUUCGCACGAUGAGAAGGCUCGGAAGGUUCAUAGCAAUAGCGUCCACCAGAUGGAAACAACGGCGGUCAAGUGUCAGUCCUGUGAGUUCAUCGCGCCAGACCAGAAGACGCUGGACGAGCACCGCGAACUCGAACAUUACGAGGGCGCUCCCCGCAACGAGCACUGCCGUGAGAUGGUGGACGGCGAGCAGUGCAAGGCGCGUUUUGGACGCGUGCGCGAGCUGCGUCAGCACCUGGCCGACGUGCACGGCCUGGCGGCGGCCCUGGACACCAUCCGGGAGGAGUUCUCCACCAGGGAAGAGUUCCUGCGCUGGAAGGCGAACUUCGAGCGGGAGACGGGCGCGGUGUACAAGAUCGGCUACGGCCGGCGCCACGGCCUGCACCGCUACAUGUGCUCGCGCUCCGGCCGCUACAAACCCGUGCCGGACGACCUGCGCCAGCGGCGCCGCAAGCAGUACGUCACCAUCAAGAUAGGCUUCAACUGCACCUCCACCAUGGUCUGCAGCUUCCCUGAGGCGGGCGGCAUCUCGGUGCUGGUGUACCCGUUCCAUUACGGUCACACACUCGGCGACCUGCCGCUUCCCGGGAUGAAGCCGGAGGGCGCGCCAGCCGACUGGAUGCGAAGAGACACACGAAAAAGGCGCAUGUUCAAAAAGACUCACGCUAUCGAAGCAGACGGGAGCUCCGCGGCCACGGCCGGCGGCGACGUCUCCUCCCAGGCGCCUAGCUCCACGCUCGAGGGCCCGCAGUGGGAGGGCGACCAGCCCUCCUCACAGGAGGGCGGUCAGGAGGCCAGCGCGGCGGGCGACGAGGCGGGAGACGUCGCGGGUGAUGAGGCGCCAGAGUCGUACUCCCUAGAGGAUGGCGAGCCGGAGUCCGCUCCUGGCGACGGGGCGGCCUCUCCGGCUCCGCUGGAGUCCGAGUUCGAGUCCAAGCAGGCGGCUCGGCUGGCGAGCAAGCCGGCCCGCUUGCUGCGCCGUCUGAAGGAGCCAGACUCGCCGACGCUGUCCGAGCCGAAGCUGCCCAAGACGCCUCGGGCGGCCGCGCCACGCCGCAAGGAUCUCAUGUGGAACCAGAUCGCGCCGAAGGGGCUCGUCAACGACGGCAUGCCGACCCCCCAGCACGGCAAGGGUCUCGGCCGCUGGUACAAGAAGCUGCUGAAGCACACCAAGGUAGUGAAGCGACUGCAGGGCAAGCUGGCGCAGCAGGCGGCGGCGCUGGCGGUGGCGCGUCGCGAACACGAGCAGGCGGUGGGCGCCGAGGCGGCGGCCGAGGCCAGCCGCCGCCUCGUUAUCUCGAUCGACGAGGAGCAGGACGUGCUGCCGGUCAGCGAGCACCUGCCGCUGCUGGUGCUGCGCGCUGACCCGGGCGAUGUAAACGCGGUGCCGGACGGCGUGUUCCCCGAGCUGCCAGUCAUCACGGCGCCGCUUAAUGUGCAGGAGGCCACCGACACCAUCUUCGACUUGAAGCUCGAGGUGCUGUCGCUGCGCGCGCGUCUGGCGCGCCGCGCCGCCGUCGAGACGGCGCUGCGCGUGCAGAUGGUGCAGCGCGACACGGCGCACGCGCUGUCCGAGAACGCGAUGCUCGCCGACCUGGCGCAGACCAAGUCUGAUGAAGCGGCGCGGGCCGGCGAGCUGCGCGCCGCGCUCCAGACAGUGUUCUCGCGCGCGCAGAUAGCCGCCAUUGAGAGGCCCGACCACCCGGUCCCGUGGGUCGAGGAGGACUACGAGAAGGCGGUGGAGUUGCGCUGGUUCUGCAGCCAGCGGGCCUACGACUACGUGCGCAACGGGCUGAACGUGCCGCUGCCGACGAUGAACUCGAUCCGCGCGCUGGUCAGCGACGGCUCGUACCCGGCCGUGGUGCAGCGCUUCCUGGAUCUGGUGCGGAAGCGCGCCAUGGAGGGCAGCACCGUCGGCGAGGAUGAGGACGAGCCGGAGGACCUUCACGAGGAGGUGGUGAGCAGCGCUGCCGAUUCCUCGCAGUCGGGCCACGCUGGCCAGCUGUUCCUCGUGGAGAACGCCGGCAGUCCGAAGCGCAAGGCGUCGCCACUCAAGGGUUCGCCCACGCGUCGCCUGAAGUUCCGCCGCGUGUCCGGCGAGGCGGACAUGACGGUGACGGUGCGUUGGGACCAGAAAGCGGGCCCGGACUGGUGCCAGCCGGCCGGCGAGUACGGCAGUGCCGACGGCGAGGACGGCGUCAUCUACCCGGCUAGCUUCGAGGAGACUGGCUCGCAAGAGGUCACGUUGAAGGACGAUGGCAUGAGGAAAAUGAAAGUGAAGCGGAAGGUGUGACUUGGACUUGAAGCCGGAAGACGCAUUGGAGGUGCGUGUUGUGUUCACAGUGCGUUUUCAUCAUCGUUCAUAAGCUGCUUAGUAUUGAAAGAGGCAUCUGCACGAGCACGGUGAAUCAUUUGUACAGGUAUGUCGAGGAAGGGUUGACUUCGGCUUCAUCGCUGCUAUUUGCCAGAAUCUGUCCCAUGUCUGUUGAUGAAAUAUAUCAAACACUGCAUUCGUA